CUAUUCCAGACCCAAUAUGCAAAAUUCCAUUUAAAAGCUCUCUCUCUCUCUCUCUCUCUCUCUCUCUCUCUCUCUCUCUUCUUCUUCUUCUUCUUCUUCAAAUCUAUUUCAAACCCAAAACGCAAAAAUACCAAUUAAAAUCUCUUCUACUCUCUCCUUUCAUAUUCUUCCCCUCCUCCCCCUACUCCAUCUUCUUCUUACAAUAUCUUUGAUUGAAAUACCUGAAACUCUUUGAAUUUCAGGCUUCAAUCCAUUUCACUCUAUCUACUUUUUGCAGUCUAUUUUAGACCCAAAUCCCCCAGAACAAAAAUAAAACCAUAAAAAAAAAAAAAUCUCCUGUCCAAUGGCUUUCCCCUUCUCUUUUCAUUUCCUUUUCUUCCUCUUCUCCUUUAUUAGACCUUGUUUUUCAGACCCAAGAGCCACAUCUGCAGCUCUCAUCUGCAGCAACAGAACAGCUGCACCAUCCGACCGUCAGAUCUUCAUCUCCAACUUCCUAUCAGCCAUGGAUGCAAUCACCCCACAAAUAGCUUCCCGCCGAUUCGCACAAGUCAUUGAAGGGACGGAAAAUUCCUCAUCUGUCUUCGCGUUCGGGCAAUGCAUGGAUGAUCUCUCGCAGUCCGACUGCGAGCUCUGCUUUGCCCAGUGCAAGACACAGAUCCCCAGAUGCCUCCCAUUCCAAAAACUGACACGAGGCGGGAGGAAUUUCCUCGACGGGUGCUAUCUUAGGUAUGAUGAUUUUGAAUUCUUUGGACAGGAUUUGAGCCCGGAAGACAAGACUGUUUGUGGGGAAAGAGAUUUCGAUGGGAACAGUACGGCUUUUAAAUCCAAUGCUGUUCAAGUUGUAAGGAAUUUGAGUGUUGAGGCGCCAAAGAACAAUGGAUUCUUUAUGGGUUUUGUUGAUGGAGGGAAUUCAACAGUGUAUGGGUUGGCACAGUGUUGGAAGUUAGUGAAUUCAAGCUCUUGCAGGCAGUGUUUGGAGAAUGCGUCUUCAGCAAUCAGUUCGUGCAUUCCGAAGGAGGAAGGGAGGGUGUUGAAUGCUGGGUGUUAUUUGAGGUAUUCAACGCAGAAGUUCUAUAACAAUUCAGGGAGUGGCACAACUGGUAAAGGCCACCGUCGCCGCCUAGCUAUCGUUCUGGCCGUAUGUUCUUCCGUUCUGGUGUCUUUGAUGAUUAUUGCAUCGUGUGUUUUCUUCGGGAAGAGGGAGCUUGCAAGGAGGGAGAAUGAAAGGAAGCAACUUGGCGCUCUAGCAUCCACUGUGAAUAAAUCCGAACUGAACUUCAAAUACGAAACUCUUGAACGGGCAACAAAUUACUUUCACAGUUCAAAUAAACUAGGUCAAGGUGGAUCUGGUUCAGUGUACAAGGGGAUUUUACCAGAUGGGAAGGUUGUGGCCAUAAAGAGGCUGUUUUUCAAUACGCGGCAAUGGGUGGAUGAGUUCUUCAACGAAGUCAACCUGAUCAGUGGCAUUCAUCACAAAAAUCUUGUCAAACUGUUGGGCUGCAGCAUAACGGGUCCCGAAAGCCUUCUUGUUUAUGAAUAUGUGCCAAAUAAAAGCCUCCAUCACCAUAUUUUCAAUGUGGAGAAUGCUAGGCUACUAAGCUGGGAGGUGAGAUACAACAUCAUUGUCGGGACGGCAGAAGGCUUGGCCCAUCUUCACGAGGAAUUAGAUGCGAGGAUCAUACACAGAGACAUAAAGUUGGGGAAUGUACUGCUUGAUGAGAAUUUCACAGCCAAAAUUGCGGAUUUCGGGCUCGCACGGCUCUUCCCUGAGGAUAAGACACACAUCAGCACCGGUAUAGCCGGAACACUAGGUUACAUGGCUCCUGAGUACCUUGUCCGCGGGAAAUUGACAGAGAAAGCUGACGUGUACAGCUUUGGGGUGCUUGUAAUCGAAGUUAUCUGUGGGAGGAGGAACAAUGGCUACGAUCAAGAGGAGUUGUCUAUUCUACAGAUGGUUUGGAACCUUUACACAUUGAAUAAACUACCCGAAGCGGUCGAUCCAAGGUUGGGAGGGAGAUUUCAGGAAGAAGAUGCAUCACGGGUUCUCUGUAUUGGGCUUCUUUGUACACAAGCAUCGGCAGAAUCACGACCGUCGAUGCCAACCGUAGUGAAAAUGCUUACAGAUAAUGCUAUGAUUCCUUCGCCGACACAGCCACCAUUUCUCAGUUCAAACACAGAACUUCCAUUCAUGAGACCUGAAAACCACCAUUCCAGACCUGAAUCCUCAUCACAUUCUUCUGGGAAUAGCAUGACAGUGACCUUGCUUGGUGGCAGAUGAAUCAUCUUACACACUUGAAAGAAGAUCAUUCCUUCUAUGGUCCUAGUUCUAGUGCUGAGUCACCCAACCUCACUGGCCACCCAACUCAGGCUUGGGCUUGAUGAUGAAGGGUCAAUCUUGUUUGAUCCAACGGCCAUACUUCUUUUCUUUUUUCCAUUAACCAGUAAGUUCUGUGUAUACUAGGUGAGUUGAGCUGAACUGAGUGAGACCGUAUGCUGACUCGCCGAGUUUUGCAGCGGCAAAGUUUUGCUAAGCCGACAUGCAUGCGUCAGACAUCCGAGCCAUCCAUCAGGUGGGUCCCACCACCCCAAAAUCAUGCAUGUGCAUUCGUUACGUGUCACAUGUUCCACAUUGGGGCCCACCAGAUUUGUGCCUCUGAUGUUCCACAUGUGUGUCAAGUUGAUAUUUGCAGCUGCAUUUAGACGUUCCUGAGCUUAGGAUAUCUCGUUGUAGUAUAUAUGAGAACAGUGAUGCCAUCUUAUUGUAACGUGUUUGUAUAUUACGUGUAAAUUGCUUCAUGUUCUUGGAAUAUAGAUUUGAUUUUUUGCA